CAGGAAAUUCAGAAACACAGCAGUUAUUGUUUGAAGGUUUUGGAUCAAGCAUUUAGGGAACUUCAACGCAGUGAUCAGGAAACCCAGUUCAAUGCACUGAUUCAAAAAGAUCGAGUUCAACAAGAAUUCAUAUCAUUUCACCAACUACUUAUCAAAAAAGAAAGCAUGAUACUAAAGCAUCUAGAAAAGACUUUGGAAGAUUAUUCUUUGCAAACUAGGGAAACUGUGAUAAAAUAUGGUUCACUUGUUGAUGAAGAAGCUUCUUUAAUGUGUCAAAGUUUACGUUAUAUCGAUAACGAUUCAGUUGUCGUUGACAGUCUCCUACAAGACAAAUGGGAGAAGGUGAGAACUGAAGCAUUAGAUCUUUUAAAUUCGAUUCAACCAAUGCCAAGUGCUUUUAACUACAGAUUUAGCUUGUUCCAACAGAAGACCGAAAUAGGAGAGCAUUUGAAAUCUGUUACAGUGCUAGAUCCAUUUCAACUGUGCACAGUAAGUUCCACAAUUUUUUUGGAAGAUAAUUUUAUGACAGCAUCUAUGAAAGUAUCAGAUCUGUUCGCGUACAAGAUUCACGACGAUCUUUGUCUGAAACAAUACUAGAUAUUAAAAUCAUCUGUGAUAAAAAGAUAUUAUUCAAAGCAGUCUUAAACAUGACCGACUACCUAUUCAAUUACGAUGGUGGAUGUUGCCUUCAAGAAUGCAAGCGAUAUCUUGUCAAAGCUAUGGUUGUUACGAAUGACAAGGGAAAAAAAAUGACAACAGACAAAAGUAUGGAGAGAUACAAGCAUGUUUUAAUUGUCACAGGUAUCUCAAAGCUUUCAAAGACACGUUCAAUUAGUAGUUCACCUUCCAACAUAGGCCUUAAAGUGGCAUCAGAAUUAAAGAAAGGAAGUGUAAUGGAUAUUUUAGGAAAAAGUGGCAGUGCAUCGAAAAGAUUCACAGAAGGAAAUAUAUGUGUAAUUGAAAACGUAAAAAGUACGCCGCAUGCGGAAAUGACGACAGCGCUUAAACAAGAGAUUGAAAAGGAAAGAGUUAAGCUUGGUGAUGAAACGAAGACAGCUCUAGAACAAGUGAUUGAAAAGGAAAAAGUAAAGCUUAAUGCGGAAAUGAAUACAGCUCUUGAAAAAGAGAUCGAAAAGGAAAAAGUCAAGCUUAAUGCGGAAAUGAAGAUAGCUCUAGAACAAGAGAUCGCAAAGGAAAGAGUUAAGCUUGACGAUGAAAUGAAGACAGCUCUAGGACAACAGAUUGAAAAGGAAAAAGUCAAGCUUAAUGCGGAAAUGAAGUUAGAUCUAGAACAAAAAAUAGAAAAGAAAACAGUCAUAUUGAAUGCGGAAAUGAAUAUAGCUUUAGAACAAGAGAUCGUAAAGGAAAAUGUUAAGCUGGAUGCAAAAAUGAAAACAGCUCUAAUACAAGAGAUUGAAAAGGAAAAAGUCAAGCUUGCAGCGGAAAUGAAGACAGCUCUAGAAAACGAUAUCAAAAAGGAAAAGGUCAAGCUUAAUGCGAGAACGAAGACAGAUAAUAAACAAGAGGUCGAAAAGGAAAUGGUCAUUUUAAAUGGGGAAAUGAAGACAGCUCUAGAACAAGGGAUCGAAAAGGAAAAAGUUCAUCUGGAUACGAAAAUGACAGCUCUUAAUCAAGAAAUCGAAAAAGGAAAAUGCAAGCUGGAUACGGAAAUGAUGAAAGCGCUAGAACAAGAGAUCGAAAAGGAAAAAGUCAAGCUGGAUAUGAAAAUGAAGACAGCUCUUAAACAAGAAAUCGAAAAGGAAAAAAUCCGACUUAAUGCGGAAAUGAAGAGAGCUCUAGAAGAAGAGAAAGAAAUGGAAACAGUAAAGCUGGAUGAGAAAAUGAAUACUGUCCUAGAACAAGAAAUCGAGAGGCAAAGAGAAAGUUAUGUUAAUAAACAAUUGUCAACCCUUAUGGAAGAGAUCGAUAAAAAACAGUCGUAUAUUGACCAACUAAAACAAGAAAACCAGAAACUAUCGUUACAUGUUGGUCAUAUUGGAGUUGCAGUUUAUUCAAAAGUGCCUACGGAAUCAGAGUCAUCCACGAUGAAAAGAAUUUCCCCAGAAAUUCAAGAUAAAGAGUUAGAAGAACAGAAUCUCGAACGUCUCGAGGAAUCUGUGGUACAAGCUAAAGAGUUACAGAAACUGAACAACAUCAAGAAAAUAUUUGUACUAGAUAUUCAGAAAAGAUUGCCAAAAACUCGAACGGAUAAAAAAGAUGACGAAGAAGAUAAUAAUUUGCAAGGAAGUCUUGAACAGCAAAUGAAAAUAUCAUUUUUAGAAAAUAACCUUGAUCAACUCACAAAAGUUCACAAACAGCUUGUACGGGAUAACGCAGAUUUAAGAUGUGAACUACCCAAAUUAGAAAAACGACUAAGAGCAACAAUGGAAAGAGUGAAGGCUUUAGAAUCUGCUUUAAAGGAAGCCAAAGAAGAAAAUAUAAGAAACAGAAAGAGAUAUCAACACGAGGUAGAUAGAAUCAAAGACGCAGUUAGGCAGAAGAAUUUGGCCAGAAGAGGAAGUUUCUUUAAUGUUGAUAAAGAUUGUGGAAAAGAUUACAGUUGCAUAUUUUUUGAACAAACAACACUUUUUAUAUAUAGAAGUGAUAAAUGGGAAGAAGUUGGAAAAGGAAAAGUGAAGUUGUUACAUAAUGCAGAGACAUCGUACAUCAUGUUAACUAUACAAAUGGAAAUAACCAUGUUUAUUUUUAACUUUUUAAUAAAUAAUAAGGUACCACUUAGGCAGGAAAACACUACUUUCAAUUCACCAUUCGGUAAUCCUUGGGUUUUAAGCGUAGUUGAUAUAUCGAAAGGCACUAUGCAUCUAGAAAAUAUUUCGCUACGUUUCACUGAAUGCACUAUCUCUGAAAAUUUCAAGCGUACAUUCGAUAAACUACAAGUACUGUCGCAAAUACCAUCAUUUUCAGGGACAGAAAACAAUAAGUCUUGGCUUUGCACUGAUUGUUUAUUUUGGAACAGAGGUGAUGAAGAUAUGCGUUUCUGCACUUUUUGUGGUUCUCAAGCCAAAGAUGAGUAACAUGAAAAUAUUAUACUGUAUGUGUUUUUAGUCAUUCUGGUAUACGAAUUAUAUUAAUAUUUUUACAGGACGUAUUAUGGUAUACCGUUGUCCGUCCGACUGUCGUCAUCACGUGGGACAAUAACUCAAAAACGCUUUCACCAAUUUUUCUGAAACUUUGGUUAAUUGUUUAUAUUUAUUGACGAUUUUUUUUGAAUUUUCGAUUUUUCGUUUCCGAGUCAUGUGAUUUUUUGAUAAAACAGAAUGGGGGAUUUUUCGGACUAUGACUAAAAAUGCUUUGAGAAAUUUUCAGGAAACUUUGGUGAAUUGUUUAUGUGUAAUGACACAAGUUCCUUUUCGAUUUUUUAAAAAUUCUGAUUGUACGUUCUGGAGUAUAUAUUGGGACUUUAUCCAUAAAAGAGUGGGGAUUUUGCAGUUUCGGACAAUAACUCAAAAACGCUUUGAGCAGUAUUCUUGAAACUUUGGUGACUUGUUAAUAUCUAUUGAAAUAAACUCCCUUUUGUUUUGUUUUUAUAAAUUUCUGACAUUGUGGUAUUAUGGAAUUUUAUUCGUUGAAAAAUCGUCAAAAACUGUCAAUUUUUCACACUUUGGUCUGUUAUUGAAUUUUAUUCGUUCAAAAAUCAAGGUCACAAACUUAGUUAAACUUGAAAUAGCCUUAGUAGUGCCAAAUUAUUCAUGUUUUGUGUCAAUGGGCAACACUCUGUCUUUAACAAAAAAUUGGGGAGAGGGGGAGGGGGGUCUAUUUGAGAUAAUUUAUGCUCACUGUAUUUCUAGUUGAUCACAUAAAUUCAUUUAAAACAUAAAGACGCGCUAAAAUGGUGACGGCAGUAUCAUGCGCUCAUGGCGCAGCUCUUUAUUUAGUAUAGAUUUCAUUCAUGCAAUCAAAACCUUUAUUGCACUUUCGUGAUUGCUAUCAAAUAGUCGAUUUAGCACAACUUUCUAUACAUCCUAUCCAUGGAAAUUUCAAGAAAGUUAUCAAUGAAAUGUAUACUCAUAUAUUCAAGUUCAAAAUGAGGUUAUACAUGUGUAUAACCAUGAUGAUGGGCAAGAAAAUUACAUGAAUUGUGCACGAUGAAUAUAUCCAUCUGUUCUGAAAAUAUCAAUGUUGUCAUUAAAGUAAUUUUCAAAAUUUGAGAUAUCUUCCUUUCUAAAAAUGAGGCAAUGUGGUAUAUUUCCAAUGAGACAACUAUCCACCAGAAUUCAAACGAAGAAGAAGAAAGCAAUUAUAGGUCACCUUACGGCCUUCUACAAUGAGAAAACCUUAAACCGUAUAGUCAGCUAUAAGAGGCCCCUACAAGAAAAGUGUGAAACAUUUCAUACGAGAAAAUUAACGUCCAUAGUUUUAGUUUAAUCGACUACAAUUAUGGACAAAGGAAGAUAUUUCCGUUUCCUAGUAUAUCCUUCCAAUGAUUAAUAAAAAUCGUAUUAAAGGGCAAUAACUCCUAUGAGAAGUCGUCUGACAGUACUGAUGUAAAUGGACAAUAUUUUGAACAUUUUUUCCACUUACAGAUUUUUUCUAUUUAUAACGGCUUUCUAGAUAUUAGACAAAACUUUCAUUUAACCCUUGUGUUCUUUUUUCAGCCAUGUCAGCAAUGUUGGUUGCCAGGCGGUGUUACCGGACAUAUUUUUAUUCAAAACUAGAUAUUCCAAUGAUGAUUGUGGCCAAGUUAGGAUAAAUUUGGUGUUGUAGUUUCAGAGAAGAAGAUUUUUGAAAAGUUAACGGACAUCGACGACGGACAAGGGCGCCUAGUGACGAGAAAAGCUCACACGGCCCAAAAAUAGACCAUAAAAACUGAACAAAAACAAAACAUGACAAACAAAAUAAAAGAAAAUAACCAGCAUAGAUUUAAUUUUCAAUACAUAUUUGUUGUUUAAUAAAUGACAACCAUAUUUUCCUAUCCAUGGAAAAAAGUAAAUAACAAAAAUACAGAACUCCAAGGAAAAUUCAAAACGGAAAGUCUCUUAUCAAAUGGCAAAAUCAAAAGUUUAAACACACCAAACGAAUGGAAAACAACUGUCAUAUUCCUGACUUGGUACAGGCAUUUCCUUAUGUAGAAAAUGGAUGGAUUCAACCUGGUUUUAUAGCUAGCGAAUCCUCUCACUUGUAUGACAGUCGUAUAAAAUUCCAUUAUAUUGACAACAAUGUGUGAGCAAAACAAACAGACAAAAUAGGUAAAAAUGUCAAAAAAUUGGGGCACAGCAGUCAACAUUGUAAUAUGUGAAGUAAUUGGAGAUUUCAUAUAAACAAUAUAAGUGCUUUUAGUUUGUUUUAAGUUAUUGCAGCUUUUUUGUUACGAUAUGAUUUUAAUAUUAUUAAUAGAAUAGAAAAUGGAAACGAUAAAUGUGUCAAAGAGACAACAGCCCAAAGCCGCCAAUGGGUCUUUAGCGCAACAAGAAAAUCCAGCACCAGGAGGCGGGCUUCAGCUGGCCCAUGAACAGUAAUGUAUACCAGUUCAGCGAAAUGAACGCCACACUAAACUCCAAAACAUACAAAUGAACUAAAAUUUAAAACACACACCAGACUAACAAAAGCUAGAGGUUCCUGACUUAGAACAGGUGCAAAAAUGCGGCGGGGUUAAACAAAAACACAGAAAUACACAGUAAAACUCAGUUUAAAGGAAGUCCGAUGUUAAAAUAGUUAAUAGAAGAAACUAAGCAAAAUGAAAAUGACCAACAUAAAUUAACAAAGGACAACUAGCAGCUACUGACAUGCCAUCUCCAGACUUCAAUUAAACUGAUCGAAAGAUUAUGUCUUCAUCAUGUGAAAAACUUCAAUUCCUCCCGUUAGGAGUUUAGUACUAUCAUGCAAUCAUAAACUAUACAUGAAGAACAUUACCCGUAUCAUGCCAAAAAAAAAAAAAAACUGGUUUUAGAAUAAAUGUAUGUUUUCCGAUGCAAAGACCCUAUGAGUGAAUUGAUAUGAAUUGUUUGUAUUUUUCUUUUUCUUCUUAUCUAUUUUACCGUUAUUUUAUAGUAAAAUGAAUUUUAUGUACUGA